AUGGACAGCAAGCGCAAGGCCAAUGGGGCCGCAUCGGGGGAAACCGACGACCGAGCUGCGAAGCGUCGCAAACUUGCUGAUGAAUAUGACCUUUCGAAGGGCGAAACCCGCGAGUCGACCACCGCAUAUGGCAUGGCCUUUUUGGAACAGCUGCGCAGGACUGCAGACAAAGGGGGCCGUCUUGUCGCAACUUACUUUGAAAAGCUACCGGCGCGCAACGGCAAUGCAGAGUACUACAAACGAACCCGCAUGCCCAUCUCAUUGGAAUUGAUCGAGAAGAAACUGAACAACGGCGAAUUCGAGACUCUAGCCGAACUUGAGAGCUUGUUCAAGAGGAUGAUUUCUAAUGCGAAGGAGUUCUAUCCUCGGUCAUCUACCACCUUUGACGACGCGGAACGAAUCAGAAAGGCCCUCAGCAACUACAUGACCAAGACAAAUCCUGCAUAUCACCAGCGUGGCUACCAAGCUAUGCCUACUCCUCUUCCGCCAGAGGAUGGAGAGGAGGAGGACGCUCAAGGAGAAGAGGAUAAUGAUGAAGCUGUAGAUGCGGAAGAUGAUGAGGAAGAUGAAAAGGAGGAAGAAAAGGAGGAGGAAGAAGAAGAGGAAGAGGAGCCAAGCUCAAGGAGGCGGACCAUUACUCUCAAACGCCGUGGGCCGGCGGCAGCUCGCACGCCUAGGCGAGCGUCUACCAGAGUCAAGGAAACGCCAAAGCCGGCUCCGCCUCCAGCGAAGCCUGAUCAUGAGUACGAGGAUGUGCCCUACAAGGGUCUCAAUUUCCAGCAAGCACAGGAGAAGAUUGUCGAGGAGCUUCUCCGAUACCAAGAUCCUGAGUACGAGGAUGCUUAUUUCGAGGCGUUUAUCAACCUGCCACCUCGUGCGCUCAAAGAUUAUUAUAAGAUAAUCACAGACCCUCUCUCAAUCAGAAAACUGCAGAAGAUGGUCAAGGGUGCGCAAAGCCGCGGUGAGGUGACUGGCAUCAGCGAGUUCAAGACAUGGAACGCUUUUGAGGAGAAGUCGAAGCUUCUUUGGACCAACGCUUUCUAUUACAACGAAGAGGGAAGCGAAAUCUACGCCCUUGCUCAGGAGCUCAAGGAUUUCUUCCUAGAUCAGCUCAAGCAGGCCCGGGCUGUUGUGGCAGAGCCUUCACAGGCAAAGAUCAAGCUCAAAGUCGGCCAGUCUACAGAUACCCCAACACCGUCUGGUAAGAAGAUAACGAUUCACGUUGGUGGUCAACGGGACUCUGCGGAUACGCCUGCUUCAGCCCAGCCAACAGAUGCCACAACUAACGGCCAGAGUGUCAAUGGGACGGCCCGCACGUCAACUCCCGCCGUGCCGAACGUGCAGCUGGAUAAGGCCAGAAGCGUCUCGGCUUCUGUUCCCUCCCCAAGCCCAUCUGUUCAGCCAACACUGAAGGCGGAGGAGGUCGCAAGCGCAUCACCCGCUGGCAUCCCAAGACAACCUAGCGUAGCCUCGGGGCAAGCAACACCAGCGCCAGGUGUAGCUCCUGGUCCCGUUCCCGCGCCCGCGCCUGUUGCGCAGCCCCCGCCAGUUCAGCAUAACCCCCUUGUUAAUGGCUACAUGGAGCAGAAGCACUUCCGUCGCCCUGGUAAAGGUCUUGACGAUGCUCUCAUCGAAAGCGUGAGGAUACAGGCUCAUCCCGCCUUUCAAUCACACAGCCCUACUGUGGCAACUGUCAAGCCAAGUCCCACUGAGAUGCAGCAGUCAGCCACAGUUAACCUGCCUCCUCAUCUGACCCGCAUCCUCGUUGUUCCAGCGAUACCGGAUCACUUGCAGGAUAGGCAAUACAGUCUGUGGACGCUUGUAAACAAGCAACCCCUGAAGCCUACCCACCACCCGGCCCCAGGCCAACAACCCAACGAGCGAGCCUUUGAGGCUAUGCUGCACCCGGGGGUUAACGUGGUGGAGGCACACCUCAUCGCUGCCAUCCCCCGAAACGAACGGGUACCCGGCGGCCCCGAGGUCGAAUUGGAAGUGUUCACCAUCUUCAUCAACGUGCUGCGGAACUAG